CGGCCUCCAGGUCUGGGGAGAACGAGAUCUGGAUGCGGAAGGGAAAUCAGAAUCGAGCCUCUUGUGCUGUCGGAACGAACUGGAGCCAGAGAUGAUGUGGAGAUCGCUGAGAGCUAGAAGCGGGUCAUGGGAGGCGUCUCGAUCAUGAUGAUGAUGAUGCAGCUCGCUCGAGCAGUUGCGAAGGCGCUCACGUUCUCUUGAAUUUCCCAGACCUCCGGACUCUCGUGUAAUGUUCCAGUGCACAGCGGUAUACCGGAAACAAGAAUCAGAUCUCGAUGCACUCGUCAAGAAUCGCGGUUGAAGAAGGAGCUCGAAAGGAGAUCGACGCAUGCUCGUCGGACCGUCGGGUGCUGAGGAAAGCCUAGCCUGCCUGCCAUCGUUGCAGUCGAUGUCGAGUUCGUCUCCGGCUGCGGCAGAGAGAGAGAGAGAAUCGAGGAGGGAACAAGGCGCAAUGGCAGGUGGGCAUGGUGACAAGUACGCGGAUCUGGCUCUACACCGGCCCAAGUGGUGGCAAAGGGCGGUGGGAAAGGGACUAUGCACGAUCAUGUGGUUAUGGGUGCUUCACAGAGCCAGAAAAGAUGGACCUGUAGUGCUGGGAUGGCGGCAUCCAUGGGACGGUCAUGGACAUGGAGGUGGUCACGGCCAGGAAGGAGGAGGACAUAACGAAGUCCAUGAGAAUGGAGAAGACGAUAUGGAAGAGGAAACAGUGCAGGCAGAAGUUAAAAUCGAACCUCUGCCCAUGAAAAAGAAGGAUGAGCACAAAUUUAGUCACAAGGAGCCGGGAGUUGCAAAGACUGAUCAACACAAAGAUCCUCACAAGCAGCCAGAAGUAGCGAAUAAGGAUGUCCACAAAGAUCGUCACAAGGAGCCGGAAGUAACGAAGAAGUAUCACCACGAAGAUCGCCACAAGGAGCCGGAAGUACCGAAGGAUCACUACAAAAAUCUUCACAUGGACACGAGAGAGCGACAGAAGGUUGUGAAGGAUGGCCUGUACACAUCUCUGGGAGACGACGAUCUUGAGGAGCUGGAAUCGGCCAUCGCUGAGGAACGCAGGGAACGUAGUGCUUCUCAUUCGCACAAUCCUCAACAGGGAGAGCAGCUGAAGUCACCGAGAAAAGCUAUACCACUCUCUAAAGAACAGAUGCUCAGGAAAGCUAUUGAAGAUCAUCCGAAGUUGCUCUCCCUGCUCAAGGACGAUCAGUGAGAGUAAGGGACAUCAAGGUUCACUCACUCUCAUCUCAACUAGUUUCAGAGCUGUUGAGCUCUUCAAAUCUAUGGUGGAUCACAUGACAAGGACAGGGACAUGUGCUUCAUCUUCGAAAAGACAGAAAGAUGGAGUAAACUGAAGGAUACUACGAACCACUCCAUCUGUCCUGGCUACGUAUGCGUAACAUGCAUGGUAUCUUGACAGCAUUGACACUUAAGGCUUUUCUUGGCAAGAGACUAUCUGAUCUUGUCUGAAGAAGAAUAUGUAACGUUGACUUUUCAUGCAUUAAUUCAGCUUUCCUCAUUGCACG